GCCGGGCAGUAGCUUAGACUCUACCUACAAGACAACACCACACCACCCGAUGUUUCCCAAUUAUUCGCAAAUUUAAAGGGUGAUAUAGUUUUGUCGCACGUUAUUUAAUAAGCAACCGUGUGUGCUGUGUGUGUGUGUGUAAAUGUGUGACGUGAUAUUAAACAAGUGAUAAAAAUAAGUAGCGAUUGAUUAUUUAAAAAAAAAAAAAAAAAAACGCGAACGGGUAACAGUCUUGCAAGCCGGGCUUCAAACGAACGGCUGUAGAGUUGAAGAGUGAAAAAGUAUAAAGGGGAAAAUAAUAUUUUUUAUUAUUUAUUCGCAAGUAAUCUGACGGGUUGGCGGUAAAUUUAUUUAUUGAGGGUAAAAUUUAAAUACUAUAUUACGGUAAUAUUUUUUAAAAUUCAAAAUAUUUGUUUUUAUUUUUUUGAAUUUAUAAUUAUAAUUUUACUAUUCGGACAGUGUGUCGACGUGAGCGCAAGGUGGAGGAACACGAAGUAGAAACGAGCAAGAGAAUUGAUAAGUUGGCGGAGGAGGAACACGGAACGAUCAACGACACGGUGUAAAUUUAUUUGAGAGAGGAGUGGAGAGAGUAAAUUUAAAUUUAAAUUUAAAUAAUUAUUUAUUUUGAAUAAAUAAAUAAGUAAAUGACUGAGAUAAUCUCUGACACGCACGAAAAUAAAUAAGUAAAUAAUAAUAGGAAACAAAGUAACAAAUUUAAAAUUAUUUAUUAAUAAUAAAUAAAACUGAACAUUAUAUUUUUGUAAAUCAAGAAGCGUUGGAGAUUAUGCGCUAGUGAUUGUCAGUGUUACUGUGGUAAGAAAGCUCACAAAAUCUUAGUGUCUAGUGAUUAAUUGAGUGAGUUAAAUAUUAUUAAGUGUAGAGGAAGAUAAAAGUUUUAAGAUUAACCGAAAAUAAUUCGGAGAGACACACCCUCAGUCUUAGCUUCCUCUCUUUCCUUCCUUAUCGUCUGAUAUCAACAUUCUUCCUCUCAAUAUACUAAUUUAAGUAUAAUUAUUAUUAUUUACAGAUAAAUAAUAAUAAUAAUAACGCAACGUAUAAAAUAAAUUGAGAGGAAAAAAAGAGCUUCCCGUAUCAAGAUUUUAAUUCAAAGUGUUCUCACCGGGGAAAUAGUGCGCGUGUGGUUUGUAUGUGAAGUGCACCCGUGUUUUACAUCCCCACUUCUUUUUCUAAAUAAUCGUCGCAACGUCGUCGCGAUCGUCACCGACGUAUCGUCGGCAAGUUUGUGCACCCUAAAGUGAACCAGCUGCGUUAUUAAAACCACAACCAAAAUGUCCGUGAGAAUGGAAAAUGUCGCGGCCCCGAGAAAACUUAACUACAAGAUGAUGGGUACAAAUGGACCUCGGCCAACAUACGCAGGCGCUAAUAAUGGUAGCGCGGGCAGUGCUGGAGCCGGCGGUGUUGGUGUGGGCGUAGGACCAACUGCUGGAGGACACGGACUGAAAGGUGGUACGGGAGGUGCUCCCCGCGGUGGUAAUCCCGUGCAAUACCGGGCAAGUGCCGGUGCUUGGGGUGCUACACCGUCCCACGCGGCCGCUGCUGCCGCGUAUCCGCCGUACACGAGGUACCCAGCCGCGGCCGCGCAGAUGCCGGUUGGAGCUCAGCAACUACCGCCAACCGCGAAUCCCUACGCUGUGACUGCUUACGCGCAACAUGCUUCGUAUGGAGGACAAAGAGUACCAACGGCAUCUUCGCCAGCUAACACGAGUAGUAGCUCUAGCAGUGCGACUGGCAGCCAAAGUGGUACGAUCAGUACAAACUUGAGUAAUAACGCAAUGCAAGGCCAACAGCCGGAGCAGCUGUCUAAAACAAAUUUGUAUAUCCGUGGCCUCAACCAAAGCACAACUGACAAAGAUCUUGUUAAUAUGUGUUCUCAAUACGGAACAAUAACUUCUACAAAAGCGAUCCUGGACAAAAACACAAAUAAAUGUAAAGGUUAUGGCUUUGUAGACUUUGAAUCACCGGUGGCGGCUGAGGGUGCUGUGAAAGCACUGGUCGCCAAGGGCAUCCAAGCACAGAUGGCGAAAGUGGGUAUCUGGUUGCAUCGUAGACUGGCCAGUGUACGUUGGUUGUGCAUGCAACAACAGGAGCAGGAUCCUACUAAUCUUUAUAUUGCGAAUUUGCCGCUAAACUUCAAAGAAAAUGAUGUUGAAGGUUUACUUGCACAACACGGACAAGUUAUAUCUACACGGAUACUACGUGAUACGCUUGGACAAAGUAAAGGCGUCGGUUUUGCUCGGAUGGAAUCAAAAGAAAAAUGUGAACAAAUAAUUCAAAUGUUUAAUGGCAAAGCUCUACAGGGUGCAAAAGAUCCACUUUUAGUUAAAUUUGCAGACGGUGGUAAUAAAAAGAAACCAUACAAAAGUUCAAUAUGGCGAGAAACUGGCGAUAAUAUCACAUUAAAUUAUGACACGAGUGGAGUAGGUCAAAACGGAGUCCCAACAGCACACAUGCUUCCAGCAGCAACUCUUGCUCAGUACAGUCGUCAUUAUGGUCAAGCGGUACCUGGUUAUACUGUCCCAGGAACACCGUGGGUUACUCCUUACGUCUUGCAAACCGGACCUCCACAUAUGCAACAGGUUGACAUGAUGCCUUCAGCCGAUCCCAGCAAUCCACAGUACAGCAUGAUUCCUCAAUUAACUACUCAAAUGUCGACACUUCAUCUCGGGACUGGUUCUUACAUCGCGGCAAGUCCGCAUCCGUAUCCUUACUCUUAUCCUCCCAGCAUUAUCCACACCAUGCCUUUGGGUGAAUCCGAACAAACGAGCAACGCAGCGUCACCAGAUGAAUCUUAUCAACAGUACCAAGCUCAGCAGCCCAAGUAGGCAACAGUAUAUAGGUACGAAUAUUCCGAAGGUUACAUAAGUUAGGGCAGCGUAAGAACAGUGUAAAAAGAAAGUGGGAGAGUAAAUUUAAAAAAUAUUAAGGAAAAGGAUUAUAUAGAGAGAGGAAUAACGAGGUGAUGUAAAGCAUAAAUUUGUAAGCAUACAGAUUUAAUAAUUUUUAAAUUUUAUUAUUGAAAUUACAUAUAAAAAUAUCCAUAACUGAGUUUGAAAAAAAAAAUUAUUAAAUAAAUAAAAAUGAAUUGAUUUGAUUGACAAUUAGUAUAAUAAAAAAAAAUAUUCUUUUUUUUUUUUGUUAUAUUAAAAAUUCUUCCUCAUGAUUUUAAAAAAUGACGUUUAAUAAAAUGGAGGAGCAGGGUGUGAUUGUAGGACUGCAUAAAAAAAUAAAUGGACAAAAAAGAUGAACAAAAAAAAAUAAUUAUUAAAAUUAAUUGACUUGCCAGCCAUCUUUUAUACAUUUUAUUCAAAGUAAAAUAAAAAAAAAACGAGAUUUAAGAUAGGGUGAAAGUAGUUGAUAUUUUGCAACAAGUAGAUAAAUGAUAAUAAGAAGAAACAAAAAAAAAUAAAUAAAUGUUUGACGACAUAAAUUAUAAUGGUGCGAUUGUGUCAUCAUUUGUAAUUACUAUUCGUGAAGAGUAACAGAAAAUAACAAAAUAAAUAAAUUUUCAAAAAUUUAAACACUCGGAGGUUUUUAUCUCCAAUGGGCCAAUUGUAUUUUUUUUUAUUUAUAUAAAAUCAUUUAUAAAAAUCGGCCAUAGGGUGAUGAUAGGCUUCCAGGUUUAAUUUAUAUAUUUAAAACUUGACUAUGAAGUCAAAAAGAUCAUGUGAGUCGUGCCGAAGCUUAACUGCUUGAAAGUGUGAAUAAAUAUUUUAUUUAUAAAAAAAUAAAAUAAAUUUUUAAAGGUAAAAAUAAAAUGAAAAUUAACACGAGCUAGAAAAGAGUGAAAGUGAGAAUAAGAGACGAGAGAACGCACGAGUGAAAGAACAAGAGCGACUGAACCUGAAGUGUGAAAGAAAUAAAUUUUUAAAAUAAAGAAAACAAAUUUUUUUAAUGAAAUGAAAAUUAAUUCUGUAAAACUUAUAAAAAAAAUUUUAAAAAUUAAAAAAAAAUGUAAAAAGAAAAUGUAAAAAAAAAAUAACUGACGCUGCUCAGAAGUUAUUACAAAGAUGAACUCUUCCCAAGACAUUUUAUGUAGCGUAGGGGCAACGACCAACUCAUUUCUUGACGUUUUAUUGUCUGUUGAAUUGUCAUUGCCUCGAGUCGUUGUAUUAUGAUUAUUAAUGAUAGUCCAUUGAGGGGAGAAAGAAAGGGGUAGUUAGACACUUCCGAACUUUAAGUGGAUAAUGAUAAUAUACUUGACAUGUUUUCUACACUUUAUCAAAUCAUUGUAUAAAAAAAAAAAUAUUCACACGAUGCACGCAAUAACACAAAUUUUUUUUUUUAUUUCUAUGUUCAGACAUUCCAUGCUGAGCACGCCUUUUUUUUUUUUUUUUAU